UCUGUCUCCUCCGAUUCGACAGGCCGUCAAAAGGCAAGGCCCUGACUCGCUGAGUAUUCGGCAGCCAUGAGCAUGGAUCACAUUAGGGAGCCUGUCUUCUGCGACCAGCCUUUCACUCAGACCUUUCCCUUGCCACCUGCAGUGGCUAACAACCCCUGUAUUUGUUGCAUGAAAGGUGCGUUUCCGAAGAUUCGUGGCAUCCCCACUGGCUCCCAGCCGAUGCCGCCUGAGGAGGUGGCUAUGCUCUUGAAGCAGUUGGAGGGCACUUGGCACAUUCAAGUUCUAGAGAGCAUGGGCCGUGGGAACAUCUCAUACGAUCAGGUGAUGGUCCGAGACAACUACUAUGUGAUGUCAGGAGGGAUGCGGAACCAAACGGUGCGAACUCAUGGUCGCAACGGCCAUGCCCAGAGACAUCAGGUGGCUGUGGCCAACACUGCCACGAAGGAAUACUUCCAUUUCUACAAGGGUCCCAACCAGGAGGUUUACGCUGACUUCAUUGGUAGCCAACUGGUGAAGAUGGACUUCGAUGGGGGAGAAGUGGAACUGAACAACGGUCUUGGCAUGACGCUGUUGUGGCAACGUGCUUGGAAGAGGGACGGCAUGGCACCUCCCCAGCAGGGCAUGGCUGCCGUGCCGGUGGUGCAAGCACAGGUGGUGGAAGCACAGGUGGUAGCCACAGGACACCCUUCAGCCGUAGCUGGGAACGCAGCGGCUUAGGAGCUGCCACUGGGACGAAGCGCUUCGGAGCUACGAAUUGAGUUUCUCAGACUGGAGUUCAUCGCUGCGCUCAGUCGUCUCGGCUUUUCCUGCACUGGGCGAAGCCCAGUUGCACAGACGAGUCGUGGCCGGCGAAAAACUGAGAAAA